UCCAAGGCCUGCAGCAGAGCAUGAAGAGAUUGUCCUGACGUUGUCAGUGUUGGGAGUGACAUGGGCAGUAAAGAUAAUCGGCUGCACAGUCAAGCAGCCAGAUGUUUCGCUUAACUAAGAUGCAAAAUAGAUUUUAGGAGCCUACAUAACCAUGGGGAAUGUUUUGGCUGAUGUUUUUCUGCUGCUGCUGGUCUCCACCGGACACGUUUAUGGAGUUUCAUUCUACGGAGAUGGCUACAUCUACCUGCGGACAGUUGAGACGUCCAUACAGACGUUAAUCCACGUUCGAUUUCGAACCUCCAGUCAGUCAGGGCUGCUGUUUUUGGCAGCAGGACACACAGACUUCAUGCUUCUGGAGCUGAUCUCUGGGUACCUGCAGGUACGUAUUGAUCUGGGCUCAGGUGAGCAUUCGUUGCGCUCAGAAAAGGGCAUCCAUCUCAGUGAUCUGGCGUGGCACACUGUGGAUCUCACCCACACCCGCCACAAUAUCACCAUUACUGUGGACCGAAACUCCCACACCGGCCUACAAAUACAGGAACCAGAUCCGGAGCUCGGUGUGGAGGAUGGACUGCUUGUUGGCGGGACAGCUGGAUUAAAACAUCUGUAUCUUCACAACAUCUCCUCUGGGUUUAGGGGUUGCAUGGACGAAGUCGUCUUCAAUCAACAUAACUUACUGUCCAGUCUCAGGCCACAUUCUGGGUACAAGACCGUCCAUGAGGUAUCUCUGGGCUGUAGUCCACAGUUUUCUGCAACAGAAGAAGAUCCUGUCAGUUUUUUCAGCUCAAAAGCGUUCAUGUCACUCCCACCAUGGGAUGUGCUUCAAGAGGGAGUGUUUGAAUGUGAACUAUAUCCUGCUGCAAAAGAAGAAGAAGACGGCAUUGUCCUGUAUAGCUCUGACAACCAGGGAGGGUUUGUCGCCAUUGAGAUCAUACGUGGUCACCUGGUGGCUUCGGUAGGAGGUGGAGAGGGGAGUAAAACUGAGCUGCAUUCUUUAACAAAUGUAAACAGCAACCACACCUGGUACACCAUCCAGCUUCACUUGCUGCCUCACAGUGUGCAGCUGAAGGUAGGCAAAGAGCUGGUGAAGGCCAGUCUGAGCCCAGAGAUUCAGGUCAUCCAGCUCAAGGGGCCUCUCUUCCUAGGAGGGCUGGAUGAAGCAGCUCGGGGAGAAGCAAGGCAAGCUGGAUUGAUUUCUGUUCCAUCUGGAGGAGAAGGAGGAGGCUCCUUUAAAGGCUGCCUUCGUGAAAUCAGGGUGAACACUCAAAAAACAGGCCUACCUCAUGCCACAGUCACCAAGGAUGUCACCGUGGGCUGUAAGACAGGGCAGGCUCCACAGAGAGCAAUUCUCACCAGCCCAACAGAUCUUCCUGCGGUUGAUAUCACAACUACACAGACUAACGCGAAGAGGAGCCCUAACUUCCUGAUGCUGAGGAAACUAGAAGUAUCUGAGGGAGGGCGGGCACCUCUUGAACCAAAACACAUAAAGGUGAAUUUGGACUUCCGUAAACUGGGCAUUCAUCCAUCCCAGUUUAUGUUCCGCAUUGAGGAACAGCCUGUUCAUGGCCAGCUCCGGUUGGACCUGAGUCCAGACCCCGACAGGAUAAUGGAGGAGGGCCAGGAGAGGACCAUCACGAUAGGAAUUGAGGAGAAGGACCGGACGUUCAGUAUGCUGGACCUCUGGCAGGGCAGGGUGAUGUACGUUCACGGCGGCUCAGAGGACCAGAAUGACUUCUUCACAUUUUCAGUCUUCUCCAGCAAUAAGAAGGAGCUUCCUGUGUUUCUCAAGGGCAACCGUCUGCACCGGUUCGAAAUUAGCAUCAGUCCUGUGAACGAUGCCCCUGUGCUCAGCCUGCCAGAGGGAAACUAUUUUACUCUACUCGAGAAGUCCAGACGACAGCUGACUACAGAUGUGCUGAGAGUGCUAGACCCUGACAGCAGUCCUGAGGAGCUCGUUUUCAGCUCCCUGGGAAACCUCAGCACUGAGGCUGGAUACCUUGAGCAUCAGGAUUACCCUGGCAGGCCCAUCAACUUGUUCUCCCUAAACGAUCUAGAGGAGGGUAAGAUCAGCUUUAUCCACACAGGGGUCUCAACUUCCAGGCUGGCUCUUAGGGUUAGUGACGGGCAGAAGGUAAGCAACACAGUAGUUUUGAGGAUAAUAACCGUGCCACUCGAAGAUAAACUGGUGAACAACACCGGACUGGAGGUGAACCAAGGGGAAGCUUCAGUCAUCACCACCAAUCACCUUGCGGUACAAGUUAAUGUGGCUGACCCCACAGUAGAAAUCUGGUAUAAUGUUACAGAGUUCCCACAAUAUGGCGAGCUCCAGAGGUUGCACUCAAGCGGCGAAUGGAAGCCAGCGACCUCUUUCUCUCAGAAAGUUCUGGAAAAAGAACGGAUUCGGUACCUCAGCACCUACCGUGGCUUACAGAUGCAGAAUAACAUCACUGACCACUUUAAAUUUAAAGUCAGUAUCGGUUCCCUGGCUAAACAAGAGGCUGUUUUCCCCAUCGCGGUACGAUGGAUUCACUUCAAGAUCACACGGAGUAAGAUGGAGCUCAAUGGCGUUCAGGCUGCCGUUCUCACUCCCGAGGACCUCCAUGUGAUUUCUAAGGGUGUUAAGCUCAGUGAGAGUGACCUCCAUUUCAGGAUGGUAACAGUACCCAAGAAAGGUCAGCUUCUCCUCAACAACAAGGUCCUACAAAGGAACUCAACCUUCAGCCAGAGGAACAUCAGUGAUGGUUUGGUGAGGUACGAGCUAAUCAACCGGCAACAUGACGAUACGAGAGACACGUUCAGCUUUCAGGUGUUUUCAGCUCACUCCAACUCAACAACUUACGACUUCAGAAUCAACAUCAAAGCCGAGUCGACCACCGUCACUGUGAUAAGCAAAGGUCUUUCAGUCAUGGAAGGAGGGAGUAAAGUAAUCACCAGAGAUAUUCUGUUCACUCACACAGCGAGUAACCGGGAGGUCCUCUACAACAUUAUAGAGAGCCCCAGGCAUGGGCACAUCAGGCGGAUCAACCUCUCCAACUCAACUUCAAUUAACGACAACAUUAUGGCAUUCACAAAUCAGGAUAUAACUGAGGAAAGGAUCAUGUACGUUCAUGACGACAGUGAAACUAAACAGGAUUCUUUCACAUUUCAGAUAGGGGUUUACAAAUCUCACAAACACACGAACAAGAAAGAGGACGGAAACGCAGAAGAACACACCUUUAAUAUCUCAGUGCAGCUCGUCAAUGAUCAGAGGCCUGUCAGGGUUGUGGAUAAAGUUUUCCACGUGGCACGGGAGGGCCAGAGGUUGGUGACGUUAAAUGACCUUCGUUAUCGUGAUGAUGACUCAGAUUUUGAGGACAGCUGGUUGGUGUACACACGGAGGGGGAUCCCCAUGGGAGAGUUGGUGCUGGCCGGUGAUCCUAGCCACAAGUUGUAUGAGUUCACACAGCGUGACCUUGAACAGAAAAAGGUGCUGUUUGUCCACAGAGGAGUGAGUUUUGGGCGUUUUGUGCUUUUCGUAUCCGACGGGAAGCAUUAUGUUUCAACGCUGUUGGAGGUGAUGGCGCAGGAUCCUUACCUGCAGGUGGAGAACAACACAGGCCUCAUGGUCCAGCAGGGUGGGAUCACGACCCUGACCUCUGCUAACCUCAGUGUUUUCAGCAACCUUGACAUCAGAGACCCACAGGAAGUGACGUUUGAGGUCUUCCUCCCACCUAAACAUGGCGUGAUCUGCUUUAUUGAUAGAGAGAGCGGGAUUAUCACAGAUGCAGAUGCAAUUUCAAUAUUCACCCAGCGAGACUUGAUAGCAGGGCGCCUGGCGUAUCGCCAUGAUGGCAGCCACAAGUUGUCGGAUAGCUUCAAUGUGACGGCAAGAGCUAGAGAAAGGAGUACAGAGAGGCAGCUGGAAAGAGGGAAGAGGGAGGUGCAUCUAGACAUUGGAGUUUCGGUAAAGAUUUAUCUGGAGAGUCAUCAGAGGCCACCAACAGUCAGAAACAACCGGCCAGUGGUGGUGGAAGAGGGACAGAAUAUCUCUAUAAGCAGGGACAACUUAGAGGUGGUCCAUGAAGACAGUCAGCCCUCAGAGAUAGUUUUUACUGUGCACAGUCUUCCCAAGGUUGGCAUCAUUCAGAGGUUGUCCACUGACAACAAGCAUCAACGCAUGAAUGGAGGACAGAACUAUAAAGGUAACAAAAAGCAGUCAACACCCACAUUCACCCAGGAGGACCUGAACCAGGGCUUGGUUAUCUAUCAACAACAGACUGCAGGAAGCACCAAUGAUUCUGUUCUGUUGGAAGCAACCAAUGGGGUGACAAAGGUUGGACCCAUCAGGCUGGAGAUUGAUAUCAUCCCAAUCCUGCUUCCUCUGCAGGUGUCCAACUUGAUCCUAGAUGAGGGGUCUUCUCUGCCGCUGACCUCUGACAUCAUUAAAGUCGCCAGCCAUCACUUCUCUGGGAUGAACUUCCUGUACCAGGUCAUCAAUCCACCACGACAUGGACAUUUGGAGCACAGCCGCAUUCCAGGGAUGCCCAUCACUGCUUUCACACACACCGAGGUGGAACGAGAGUACAUUUCCUACAUCCACGAUGGCAGUGACACCCUGAGAGACAACUUCACCAUUGUGGCAAACCAGACAGAAACCAGGAAACACAGCCUGCCGUGCACCGUCCACAUCAACAUCACACCUGUCAAUGAUGAGACCCCGGUGGUUACAACCAACCACGGACUGAAGGUGUGGGUGGGUUCUGUUACAGAGAUAACCACAGGCGAUCUCAGUGCGGAGGACAUUGACACUCCACCUGAGGGGCUGGAGUUCAUAGUGACACCACCCAGCAAUGGCCACUUGGCUUUGAAGAGCUCCCCCUCCAGACACAUUCUGAACUUCACCCAAAGUCACAUAGAAGGCAAGCAGCUGGUGUUUGUGCACAAUGGGGCGCCGUCGGGUGGCUUUCAUUUCCAAGUGAAUGACGGCGUCAACUUUGCUCCUCGUCAGAUCUUUAGCACAACUGCCCAUUCUCUGAUCCUCACCCUGCAGAGAAACCACCCGAUGGAAGUCUACCCAGGCUCUGUGACACCAAUCUCAGACAAGGAGCUUCAGGUGGUAACCAACAUUGCUGACGGCGACAUCAGGAGGAACCAGUCCGUGGUCUUUGCAGUGACCUCUCCUCCUAAACUCGGCCGCCUGGUCCGACGUAUGCCGGACAACUCCACUGGAAAUGUUUCCACCUUUACACAGAGCAUGUUGGAUGAUGGCGUUAUCCUGUAUGAUCAGAACAAGCCAGAGUCAGUGGGAUGGUCGGCUGCAGACACUUUUUCUUUCACGGUGUCUUUGCCUCCUGCUUUUCUUCCUCCACACACCUUCACCAUCUUGAUCUCCUACCAAGCCAAUGAACAUCAUGACAGCCCUCAGCACAAGACCAGACUACUAAACAAUGCAGGUGCUGUGGUGGCUGAAGGAGGCAGGGUGACAAUAGACAGGUCCAAGCUUGAUGCCUCUAAUCUCCUGGGAAAAAUCCCAGAGUCCCGUCGGAAAGACCACCACAUCAUGUAUCGCGUGAUUUCUUUUCCUCGCUACGGGAUUUUGUCUAUUCGAGGACACAAUCUCACCAGGAACCAACCAGAUUUUUCGCAAGUCACCCUGAACAAGUUUGGCAUCAUAUACUUCCACGAUGACUCUGAGACCACAAGUGACAGCUUCACUUUCCGAGCCUGGGUGGCACCUUUGGAUCUCCCCUCCUCUUCCUCCUCAUCAUCCCUGUCUGCUUUUUCCUCUGACUCCUCCUCUUCUUCCAGCUCCUUUUCCUCUCUGUACUCUGCUUCAUCAUCUGCCUUUUCAUCACUAGACACAGUUUCUCAUCAUCACGUUAAAGACACCACGGGGGUGACAGAGAUGUUCAACAUCACAGUAACACCAGUCAAUGACCAGCCACCACUGAUCAGAAGCAGGGCCCCCAGUAUGAAGGUGGUAGUGGGGGAGAGAGUCGUACUUGGACCCGACAGUCUUCAGGUGGAGGACCAUGAUACUCCUCCAGAGGAGCUGCACUACCUCGUGAUAAGUAAGCCCAACAAUGGCUACCUGACGCUGGGGGAAAGACCGGAGCCGGUGACGUCAUUCACCCAGUACGACGUCAACCACGGCCGGCUGCAUUUUAUACAGCAGGGCGACUCCUCAACAGGAGUUUUCUACUUCAACGUAACAGAUGGCCAUCACCGUCCACUCUACAAGCUGUUUAGUUUGGAGGUGAUUAAGCCCUCGGUGUCCAUUGUGAACAACACUGGCCUGUCGUUGAUUCAGGGCCGGACCGCGGUGGUCCUGACACCCAAUCAGCUUGCAGCUCAAACCAAUGGUCAGAGCCGGGCCACUGUCUCCUACACUGUGACCACACCCCCUCGCCACGGACGCAUCGCUAUUAACGACCAGGAGGUCACCACAUUCCGCCACGAGGACCUCCAGUUUGGACGGGUCGUCUAUCACAUGACUGAUCUCAGCGAGUCCGAGGACACCUUUCAAAUGUCAGUGUCAGCCUCGUCUCCUGGGGUUAAUUAUGGAAAUGUGACAGCGACGGUGAAAGUGACCGUGCGGCCUCUGAUCUACCUGAGAGAGCCAGUUCGAGUCCCCAGUGGUAUCGCUGUGAAACUGGGGAAAGCCAUGAUUGAUGCCUCCGAGCUGGCGAGAAUCAGCCGAGCCAACCCGGUCUUUGAGGUUCUCUCUCCACCAAAACAUGGAAAACUAGUCAAGAUAACAUAUGAUCCUAACAGAGCGUCAGAGGUCCUGAAGUCAUUCACAUUCAGAGAUGUGGUGCAAGGCCGAGUUGCCAUCGAAGAGAAUCUCAGUGACAGCGACAACCAGCUCCACAAUAAUGAAUCCACGCUCACAACAGCUCAAGUCCACGCACCCGCCACACCUCUUAAUGACUCUUUCAGCUUCCUGGUGAGGUCUGGAAACGUCCAGCCAGCAAAGGGCGAGCUUCACUUCACCAUCUUACCUCAUCACCAGAUGCGCCACGGUCCUGGUGGUUUCAAUAAAAUAGACAGGAUAGGUCGCGAACACACAACAGCCCGUCUACCAGCACACAACAGGACAACUGCCGGAGGAGGAGGAGGAGGACAGGGAGGUGGACGAGGAGGAUCUACGGCACACGGUGAGGUCACUGUGGGUUUGCACCCCCACAUUUUGUCACACAAGCACCACAACAGGACACAUCACAAGUUGAGGCCUCAUAAUCGACUGGGGAACCACACACGGAAUGGGAGUCAUGGAGGGAGGUCAAAGAGCAGCAUAGAGGGAGCAGGAGGAGGUCACAGCCAUGCCCCCCAGCCCCACACUCCUUCCAUCCCAGAGAAACACGGUCCAGAGAACCCUCCUGACACCCAGCUGAUUCAUGUCGAGGUUCUGCCUCGUCCUGCUUCGGACCCCCUCCUCAUUAUCCUCCCACUGCUAGCUUGUUUGCUCCUCAUUAUAAUACUCAUAGUUUUGAUCUUGGUGUUCCGCCAUCGCAAGGAAAAACAAGCUCGACUUCGUCUUGUCCAGGAGCUCGCUGCAGUGCCGGUACCCACUGAGGACAGCCCGUAUCUGGGCAGGCCAGAGCGGAGUGUGGCUAUGCCCUCAGUUAUGGUCACCCCACUCGGCUCUGCAAGCUGCCCAACUUCUCCAAGGGUACCCACAAGUCCCCGGAGGAGUCUGGCCCCUGGAAUGACCUUCUGGGGGCCAUUUGAGGCUGAUUUAGCUGGUGGUGAUGGGAAUAUUAGAGGCUGUAACAGUAAUGAAAGAGAUAAUACAACUUCUAGCAAUCCGCUUCCACGUACUGCAGGAUUCAGGACCUCUGUGAGAUCUAGGUCCCCGACUCCGACUCUAAAAGAGAGCCAGUACUGGGUUUGAGGGUAGUAAUGCUGAAAAAACUGUGCCUUAGAGGUGUGUUUGUAGUGUGUUUGUAUAUAUAAGAUAUGUGUCUGCUUUCCAGAGAACACCAAUGGUCAACUAAGGCACAUCCAACAUGUACUUUUUGGAAAGACGACAGUAAAAAUGUUCAAUGGCCAUCACAUUUAAGUUAUGUUGCUAAUAAAUAUGACUUUGUUCCAUUAAUACUGUCCUGAAAUACCCAUAAUACUUCAUCCACGAGGUGUUAAUUCAAUUCAAUUUUAUUUAUAUAGCGCCAAAUGACAACAACAGUUACCUCAAGGCGCUUUUGUUACCACCUUUUAGCAUUUGUUUCUAAGAUGUGAAGUACUCUUCUGAGAAAACUAUUGCUUAAAACGCUCUUCUUCCUUUUUUCAAAGAUUUCCUAGUUAUAAGCAAUGAACACAACCCGCCCCAGCUCCUUCUCAAGAAAAUUACAUCUUUAUUUUCCUGAAACAAAGAGUUGUUGCAAUAAUACAUUUUAUACUGAACGAGGAAGUGAAACGUGACCCAGGGUUCGUUUCAUUUAAUGUGAAUCACAUUUACAGCAGCUAUAUUUUGAGUUGCCAUUUGAGUUAGCACAUUUAUAACUGGUGAUGGAAGUCACUCACCCACAGCUGUUGCACGCUGUACAGAUGUCAGGUGUUGCUUCUUUAAAACAUAUUACGUCAGCCAGUAGAUCAUCAUGUUUGUACAUAUGACUAAAUGUACUGUAAGCUAUAACACUCGUCCCACAUAUUCCCUGUCCUGCACUUUCCUGAGUCCUUUUUCUUACUACUACUGCUGUGUAACUGCUUCUAUGAUCAAUAAUGAUGCACUGUAAGAUGUACUUGAUUAUCUUCAACAUUUCUGUCAAUUCUGACCCCUUGUAUGGCUGCAUCUGUUUUCCAUGCACUGUGACAGUUUUUUAAUAAAAAAAUAUUUCUUAAAUAAAAUAAAUGCUGUUUGUCCAAAUCUAAACACUUUACCCUUUUUUUUUUGGCAUUUCUUUUUCCUUUUAUUUCCUUUUUAAUGGCCAACAUCAAGAGUCUAUGACAGUAAAGAUGCACAAAUAAUACCAGAGUAUUUAAUCGAAUGAAACCCCAGCAGACAGCUGACUCACUUUAUUAGUUACACAAAUUCAACUGCUCAUUAAUGCAAAUAUGUUAUCAGUAAAUUACAGUACGGUAAAUCACUGCAUUUAGUUAUGUAGACAUGGUCAGCAGAGCAUCAGCAGAUUGCUAAAAAGAGAAAAUAUCCAGCAGGCAUCUCUGUGGGGGGAAAAUACUGUUUAUGCCAGUCUGCUAUGAGCAGAAGCCAGUGGUAACUAAAAGAACCAUUCGCUAUAACCAAGGUAUGCAGAGGAGCAUUUCUGAAGAAAAGAUGGGCAGCAGCUGCAGAAGACCACACUGGGUGCCACUCCCAUCAGCUAUGAACAGGAACCUGAGGUGACAGAGGGUCAACAAAAUUGGACAAUAGAAGAUUGGAAAAACUUUACCUGGUUCUGAUGAGUUCCUGCUAUAAAGGAGUAUUACGGCCACAUUUUGAGAAUAAAGUUGAAAAAAAAAGCAGCUGUUGCAAAAUUAUUACUUUUUCCUUAAUGUGGCCUUAAUACUCUCAGUCACACCCUACUGUGAUGUUCAGAAUGCAGGGCCAGGAUUUGUUGUAAACAACAUGAAUGAGUACAGAAAACUUGUUUCUCUACAUGUGUAUCUGUGGCUGGGCAUGGACGUGACAAGCGUUAUAACAUACACCAAAAAUUCUGAAUACAUUGCACUGUAGAAUUCCAUGUAGAUUCUUAAUCUGGUCACGUGCAUAAAAUCUGGUGUGAAUCAAAUUUUCUGUUUUACCGCUCCACCACCCUCUUCUCUGAGCUUUAAAACUCAAUGAAUCAGGCAGUAUUUAGAGAGCAGUACCCCAGAGAGGUCUUGUUUUUUCUGUUUUUUGUUGGGGUUUUUUGCAACUAAGUCUGAACACAUUCUAAACAAAGCACAAUUUAAAAGUAAAAUGAAGGCUGAGCGGAGGGAAAAAGAGGCCAGUCUAAAUAAUGAAGGGCCUGCAGUUGGAGUAACCUGAUCUGCAGUCUUUGAACUCUGGUGUCAGAUAGCAAGGAGUGAAGCGGCCCCUCCACCAGAGAAAACAAGAGAUGAGACACUUUUCUCUAGGAAGGGUAACAUCACUGUAAUCACAUUAGAUGUGGUCUGUAAUGCAGGAAAUUCAGUGCACUCAUCAAACAAUUAUGCCAAUUGUGUUAUGGGGUUUUUUCUUGCAUAAUCGGUGAACAGAAACAAAAAAACAAAUCAAACAUGCUCUUUCAUGCCUGCUUGUGCAACAGCUGUCAGGUAAUGUGCGUGAUGAUGGGAGGACAGAUUCGGUAUGAACCUGUUCCAUAAAUGGGCAAGAAUGUGACAGUAAAGUGCCAACAUUUCUUUUAUGUCCACUCCUUAGCACGGUCAUUAGUGUGGAUAUGCAGUCAUGUGCAUGUCACGUGGUUAACUCUGUCUUAAUGCAUCUUGGGUGAUUAAAGCAAAAGUGCAAAGAGAAGUGCAGCUAAACUUUUUCAGGGAGUAAAUACGUAAAGUAAUGGAUUACUGUUUUAAUGUUAAUGUGGGCUUACUCUUCUGGCUUUUUUUUUCUAUAACCAUCAAACUGUAUUUGUUUGCCUGGUGCUCGUUCAUAGGGGGUCAUUUGAUUGUUUGGGUCGUCUCUGUAUUACUGUAGGAUCCUAACUUUACAAUAUAAAGUGUCUUGACGUGACUGCUGUUGUGAUUUGGGACUAUGUAAUUUAAACUGAAUUCAAAGUAUAGCACAAGAAUAAUAACACUGAGAAAGCGCAUUUAAAGUGAUGUUCCAUAGGCUUUUCUCUGAUUUUCAACUGUCAUUUUUUUCAGCGGUUAAAGCUGAUUGUGGAAUAUUUUUUUGAAACUGUGGCAUGUUAUUACUUGAAUUCAGUGAGCUUAUUCUUUCACAAAUGAUUGCAAAGGCUAGGUAACUGAUUUUAUACACCUGUGGCACUAAAAAGAUUAAAGAUUAAGAAGUGUGGCACAAUACUUUUUGUCCAAAUAGUCUGUGAUCAUCAAAUAUGUUAAUAUUCAUCAAAACAAACACCCUAAAAUAUGCAGAAAAUGGGCCUAUAUUCUGCAAAAAUGCCAAUAAUCAACAAUACAGAGUCAUACCUGAAAUAAAUUCUGCUUUUAUUUAUUUUUUUAUUCUCUCCCAUCAUGUUAUAUUUAAAGUAUAUCACUUUCACUUUCGCUAGCGAUCCAAGUGAACAGCUAAAAAACAACCAGGUGGUGGUUUGUCCCAUCAUAAACUUUGUAAAGUAAAAUCACAGGAAAGGAAUGAAGUCACACCUGAUAUCACAACUCAGACUGACAAUGGCUGAUACUUUAAACCCCUGUAACAAACUCCACUGAACUGUAUCUCUUAGUUUUCUGCAUUUUUAAGGAAAAUAUAAGUAAUAUCAAACAAAUCCUAACUGUCUCUCAGGGAGCUCAGCCUGCAACUCCAUGCUGAUUAAAUCCAAGGAGCUUCUGGGUGAAUCGAGUUCGUUAUAUCAGUACACGUGAGGCAUUGUGAUCAUAUUUUGGUGGCGUGUUAGAACGGAGUUGAAAAGCUGUUAUGUCUAGUAUUUGAACAAUUCCAACCCCAAAUAGCAUUAAAAGAAUUGGUCUGUUAGUGACGCAUGUCUGAGAUGUACACGUUGAUCAGUUUCACAAGGACUGCCAUGUUUCUCAAACAAAAAGCUUUCACUCUAAAGCACGUAAAAUAUGCUAUAAUCACAAUUACUGCCUGCAUGCUCUCGGUUUAGUCUUUCCAUGCCAGAAAUAGCUGGCAUUUGAAAGAGCUUUUAACCUUACCCUCGACUGGGUGAGAGACAGAUGUAGCAUCAGACUUUCAUAAAACAUCUGGAAGUUAAGAUUACUGCGGUACCGCUUUACCAUUAAAACAUUUAAGAGAAAAUGUUCAACCACAAAACGUUUCAAAUGCAAACAAGGUGAGGGUGAUGUGAAAGAAGGCAGACAUCACAGGUAGCUCAGAUUUCAAGUUGUGAUGAAAAUCCAGACUUGAAACCGAUUCUGGAAAGUAGACAGUGCCCUCUUUCCUUUCGUACACUGUCUUGUUUAAAACAAUACUGAGCAGGUCAUUCAAGUUAAAACAAAUCAGUACAUUUAUAUCUUUCAGGCACUAAAACAUCCAGUUCAAGUGAUUUUGUUAUUUUUCCCGUCUUUGUUUGGGCUGUUGUUGAUUGUUCUUCCCCGACCGAGUGCUCCCAUGAAGAGGCAGUGGAGACGGUCACGUGACCCUGAAACUGUGACUCAAAUGCAGCUCCAGUCAUAUUGAGAGCAGCUGUUUUAAAUAUCUGCUGCAAUCCUGCUGACUUGCAACAUGUGUCUGGAGCGUCAGCAAAAUCCUUGGUAAUGGUACAUUCAUCAGAGCUUCAGA